AGGUCAGCAUGAGCAAUGUGAGCAUGCAGAAGCUUAGUUAAAGACAGAGGCUGUCACUGGAUUGAACCCAUGAGCAGCACAGAAUAUUUUGGAUCAUCAAGAUGAAUACAAUAGUAACAGUAGUUAUUUUGCUUGUGUUAGAUCUAUCAAGCUGCUUUGCACAGUCAGAAAGAAACUUUUUAAUAUAUAGUGUGCAUAAUAACAAAUGCAUGUCAAACUACUUGGAACGGCUUGUCAAUUGCGACCCACUCAGUCUGCAGCAACAGUUUCGCUGGACUUCAAAGGAUCGCAUUUUGAACAUUUUCACGAAGAAAUGCCUUGGAGUAGGAAGUAAGACAUUUGGUAAAAAACUGCAAUGGUUAAUGUGCGAAGAUGACAAUGUUCUGCAGAAGUGGGAAUGCGCUAAUAAUACAUUGCUUGGCCUGAAGAAUGAGUCUCUGUACUUAGCUGUGAAUGAAAACAGUGUGCCACUGAUCUCUAAAGACACUGGAAUGAAGAGCAAAUGGACAAUUCAUGGAACACUGGACAGCAUUUGCUCUCGACCUUAUGAAGAAUUGUAUACUAUCGAUGGAAAUGCAUUUGGGCGUCCAUGUCAGUUUCCUUUUCGUUAUGAGAAUAAAUGGUAUGCAGAUUGUACCAAAGAUGGUGCCCAAUCGCAACGUCUGUGGUGUUCCAUUGAGUCUGACUACAGUGUUAAUCAACUGUGGGGAUAUUGCCCAACACGUGACAAUAAGUUCUGGGCCAAAAAUCCUCUGACAAACAUCUAUUACCAGCUGAAUGCUAAGUCUGCCCUGACAUGGCACCAGGCCAGAAAAAGCUGCCAGCAACAAGGUGCAGAGCUACUGAGUGUCUCUGAACCUCAUGAGCACACCUUUAUAUCAGGAAUGAGUCAGGGGACACAAGGAUUACUGUGGACAGGACUGAACAAAUUAGAUGUGUCCAGUGGAUGGCACUGGAGCAAUGGACAGCCUUUACGUUAUCUAAAAUGGCAAAGCGGAUUCCCAAUCACUCAACCAGACUGUAGCUGUGGUGCCCUGAGAAACGUUUAUGGUUCAGAAUGGACAAAUACACUUUGUUCAGAAAUGCUUGGAUACAUCUGCCAAAGAGGCCACUCUGUUCCCACUGUCCCACCAGUGGUGCACACUGGAUUUUGCCCAAGCCCAUGGAUUCCAUAUUCAGGCCACUGUUACCUACUUCAUCGCAGCAAACUGACAUGGCUGGAGGCGCGAAAUGCCUGUCGGCAAGAAGGAGGAGACCUGCUGAGUAUUCAAAGCACAGAAGAGCAAAGCUUUGUCAUCACACAACUUGGAUACUUAAAGACAGAUGAGCUGUGGAUUGGUUUUAAUGACCUCAAAAUUCAAAUGCUGUUUGAGUGGAGUGACCAAUCCAGUGUCCCGUUUGCCUCAUGGGAGUUGUGGGAGCCGAGUCACAAUGCUGUCCAUGCGGAGGACUGUGUGUUAAUGAGAGGAGAGGAGGGAAAGUGGGCAGAUGAAAUCUGUCAGCACAAGAAUGGCUUCAUCUGUAAGAAGAAGGCCAACUCUAAAGCCUCUAAUAAUGACACAGAUGUCACAAGCCCAGGCUGCAAAUCAGGUUGGUCCAGGUAUGGGUACUACUGCUACAUGGCUGGAUCUGAGACAAAAACCUUUGAAGAAGCCAAACAGAUGUGUGAAAAAGCUGGGUCACAACUGGUUGAUAUUGCAUCCAGAAUAGAAAAUGCAUUCCUGGUUAGUCUAGUUGGAGCACGACCAGAGAAGUACUUUUGGAUUGGCCUAUCUAAUCAAAAGGAUCAGCACACCUUUGAAUGGACCAACACUAAGCAAGUUCCAUACACUCAUUUCAAUGCUGGGAUGCCAGGAAGAAAACAAGGCUGUGUUGCAAUGACGACUGGAAUUCUUGCUGGACUUUGGGAUGUGCUCAGCUGCUCAAAAAAGAACAAAUACAUCUGCAAGCAGACAGCCGAGGGAAUCGUUACAACUCAAGCCCCACCAACCACACCUGCCCUUGGCUGCGCUGAAGAAUGGAUACCACUUGUAUCCAGAAACUUUUGUACAAAGUUAUUUAAUGUGCCCUCCUCCCAAAUGAAAACUUGGAAGGAAGCUCUUGACUUCUGCCGAGAGCUCGGGGGUGAUCUCCUGAGCAUCCAUCAGGAGGCUGAUAUUCCUUGGAAACAAAGAGGCUUGUUUCCUGCAUGGAUUGGUUACAGUCUCCAAGAUCCCUCUGUGGGUUAUGUGUGGAGUGAUGGUUCUUCGUCCUCUUAUCAAAACUGGGCCACUGAUGAACCAAACAAUUUAAACAACAUUGAACAUUGUGCUGAAAUGAAAAUUUCAUGGUGGGACCGGAAUGGAUUUUGGAAUGAUGUGAACUGUAAUGACAAAAAGGACUGGUACUGUCAGAUCCCAAAAGGAAAGACCCCAAAGGCACUGAAUAUAACAGAAUCAUAUUAUAAUGAAACAGAGGAUGGCUGGAUUGAAUUCAAAGACAAUCAGUAUUAUGUGGGUCAGUACUCAUCCAUGUCUGCACAUGAGGCGCGGAGAUUCUGUAAGAAAGGACAUGGUGAUCUUGCAGUUAUUAAUGAUGAAGAAGAGCGGGUGUUCAUCUGGCAUCAGGCUAAAAAUACUGGUAGUGAUGUUAUCAUUGGCUUGAUAGUUGAACUAGAUGGAUCUUUCCAGUGGAUGGAUGGGUCCCCGGUUGUGUUUCAGGCUUGGGAAGCAAAUCAGCCUGCGCUCAUAAACAGUGAGGAGAGAUGUGUGAAGAUGACUGGAUCACAAGGACUCUGGGAAACUGUCAACUGUGGUGAUGAAUUUGAGUUUGUUUGUAAAAGAAGUCAGUCUCCUCCAGUCAAUGCCACAGUGGCCCCAACAGAAGAGCCAAAAGGAGGCUGUGCUCCUGAGUGGAAAAAAAUAGGAGUAAAGUGUUACAACAUGAAAGAGAAAAAGAAAACAUGGUCAGAAGCAAGAGAAUACUGCAGAGAACUUGGCGGAGAUCUGGCAUCCAUUACAACUAGACAACAACAAGCCUUUUUUACAACAAUGAUUAGCGAUAGAACCACAGACUUUUGGAUUGGAUUCAGUAAUUUGGCAAAUAGAAGGUACAAGUGGACCGAUGGGAGCAGUGUUACAUACACAGCGUGGGCCAAAGGGGAACCGCAAGACUAUCAUUGGCAUGGAUACCUCUGGACAAAAUAUCACUAUACAGAUGAUCAGGAAUGUGUUGUUAUUGGAAGAGGUUUAAGGUCUGACUUUGGCAAGUGGGUGGCAACUGAUUGUAAUUCGACUCAGGGUUUCAUCUGCAGUCGUGAUCUUGAUCAUGGUAUAAUCCCAGUGCCAACUGAACUUCCCAAAAGCUUUGUCAAGCUCGGAAAUUCAUCUCUUAAAGUGAUUCAAGAGAAUCUAACCUGGAGUGAGGCAAAUCGUCGCUGUGAGGCAGAGGGGGCUCAUCUGGUUAGCAUUCGGGACUCGAUAACACAAGCUUACAGCGAGCUGCAGGUCUUCAGAGCCAAGCAGCCCAUGUGGAUCGGCCUUAACAGCAAGCAGACAAAUGGAUACUUUUUAUGGGUGAAUAAUUGGCCCAUGAACAUGGAGAAAUGGGCACCUGAUGAACCACGGCACAACGUUCCUUGUGGAUACAUGGAUGUAAAUGGAGAAUGGAAAACAGCUCUCUGCAAUCAAACCUUUUAUAGUAUCUGUGAGCACUCAACAGAGAUUGCCCCGACCCCCCCAGCACAGUACCCAGGUCAGUGCCCUGAACCAACAGAUGAUAAUCCAUUGAGGUGGAUACCUUUCAGAGACAAUUGCUAUGCUUUUGUGACAGACAACCAGCCAUGGAGCAGAGCCUCUAGAAUCUGCAUGACAUGGGGAGCAUCUCUUGUCAGCAUUAUGGAUGCAGCAGAGGAAAAGUUUUUAGAGAGCAAUCUCUUCUUGCUGCAGAGAUCCAAAGACUUUUGGAUAGGACUUUUCCAGAACCUCAGAGGACACUGGUUAUGGACAGACAACAACGUGGUAGAUUACACUAACUGGGACAGUUUGUCCACAUCUAUGGACAAUUCUAAUGAAGAAGAUUUUGAAGAUUUCUCAGGAAGUCCCAGCUGCGCAUUUAUCUUUACCAGAACAAAACAAUGGAGGAAAAGGCAUUGUGAUUACUCAUAUUUACCAUUUAUCUGCAAAACAGCCAAAGUAAUAAAUCCUACAGUUCAGACCCCACAAAAAGUUCCUGAACCUCAUAAGGCCUAUACUGGUUUGGCUGUGUUCUUGGGCAUUGCAGUGUUCAGCGUAUUGGGAGUCCUGGCUUACAUUUACCUCAAACGUUCAAAAAGACUGUCUUGGCCUACAUUUGAAAAUCCAAUGUAUAGUAACCCAGAGGCUGUUUAUUCAGAAAGUAAAGAUAUCAAAGCAUUGAUUGACCCUGACUUAUCUGAAUAGACUAGUUUUAUGGUGCCCCAAUACUAGUGUAUAUGUAAGGGAUAAUGUGCAGUCAUCAUUCUACCAACUCAUUCAUUAUUCAUGAAUACAAAAUAAACCCUGUUCAUUGUCCCACCUAGUACACUGUUACUUACCAAAUAAAUGCAUAAAUGGAUAUAUUGAUCUGAGUUGCAAUUAUAUCAUGUGACAAGAGAGACUGCCAAGUGACACUAUAGAGAGACAUAAAACAUCCACAGCUUGGUAAUUGGUUGCCUGGGACAAUGGUCCAUUUUUAGCAGUCCUUAUACACAGAAUAUUUCAAAGCAGAAUGCUGCAUUUGACCAAUCAGAUUUCAGUAUUCCAGAGAGCCUUGUAAUAAGCAAGUAAAUUAAAUUGUACAAGAAAAAGCAUCACUGGUUAAAUAUGGCAUAAACAUUGUCCGUUAUGUUUUCCUACGAAGUUAUUUCAAAGCUUUUGUACAAGUGUCCAGACUCUAACAAUAAAAAGGUCUAUCUUUUGGUUUUUCAAAGUUUUUGUGAAAUGUUAAAUAAUAACUUUUCUUGUAAAUAAACUCUAAGAUUACAA